AACUCGCCAUUGCACAAAUGCUUUAUAUUCUUUAAAAAUGUACUGUAAUGUGCUCCAAAUUUGUGAGGGUAAUGACAUGAGGCGUUUAGUCGGCGCGUCGCCAAGUAAUACUGCGGCGCUGUUCGGCUCACUCAUUGGAUCGGACGUCCUUGGAGUUCGGCAGAUCACAGAGGCGUCGCCAUCGCCGUCGCCGUCAACAGCCGUAGACUAAUUGCUGAUAUGCUGUGUCCGAUAUCACCGGUGUCACUGCCUGGUUCACCAGCUAGAGCCAGCUAGCCUUUUUCUAGACAAGUCUAAGAGACAUCGUUACCAUGCGCUGUCAGCCUAUCUCUGAUUGAUAAAUACCAGAUCAGACUCUUUUACCGCUCAGUAUCCCCUCAAUCAUGGUCAACACAAUUCCUCCUGCCAAUCCAAUCCCGGUUGCACCGUCCCCUGCUGAUGUUCUGAAUCGCCUAUUUCCUACUCCAGCACGCCCUCCAUCAGUCCUAGCACCAGCCCGUCUACCCAAUGCUGGUCCAGGGCCAACUGCUGCACUGCUCAAGACACUCAAGGAUAACCACGAGCGCAGUCACGUUUUCUUCAACUACUACAGUUUCCACAAUCAUGCUGCCCACCACUUACUAGCCAUUUGGGCCCUUGGAGCAUCUGGCCCUUUGAUCACAGCUGCAUACGAGGAUACGCACCUCGACCACAUGCGGGAUGCCUUCAAAGCACCCGACCAUGUAGUCAUCUCGGAUGACAAUUUCCAUGACUAUCUCGGGGACGAAAACUACUAUAAUGCAUACCUCGAUUACUUCCACAAAGUAGUUCUCGCACCAGGUUUUACCAUCUCAAACACCCUUGAAAAGUACAUUUUCUCUUCAGAGUACAAUAUCAACACCUCUCUUGCACCAGGCAAGCAGCAGCCUGAGAUGCUGAACCGCUUUGUCGAGAUUCUCAUCCACCCCCUCAUUCAUACCGGCUAUGGCGCGGAAUUCGGACUUCCAGGCAUGCUUGCUGAGGGGCUCGCCCAGGCGAGCGUUCAUCCCGCACGGGCAACCGUCUUCGUUUCCCGCUUGCUUUUCCCCGGAAACCCAGACUCUCCGUACAAGCCCAAAUCGCACGUGCACGCGCUCACGAUCCUCUCCCAGAUGCUCGCCGACCGCCGUUUCUGGACACGUAUCCUCGAGAAGCAUGAAUUUGAGGCCAUGCUGGUGUCGCACGGCGAACUCAUCAACUCUUACGCAGAGAUGUGGACGUGCGAGAUCAACAGCCAGGAUGACUUUAAUCGUCACCUCGAGGAGCUCGUAUGGGCAAGCACCUUGAUGUACGGAGUCAGUAGCUGGGAUGGCGAGAGCGAGGAGUAUCGUGCAGACUUCUUCACCAUGCACAGCGUCACCUCGUGCCUCUUCCUCCCGUCUCUUUGCGCCCACCUUUCAUACCGCAGCCAAUCUCUCCUCUUGCGCGCACACUUCCUCACGAGCAUCACAUGGUGGCUCGUACGUGGACGUCCCGCACUAUCCCUCCGGAAGUUCUUCGCCGCACCGCUUACGCCCCUCCCGUCCCCAGAACACUUCAAGUACGCAACAACGCCCCCUGGCGUUCAACCUCAACCGGCAGCAAGUGCACUACCCAGCGUGGACAGCCCGCACGCAGUGGCCCCCAACGUAUGGUACCAGCUCCUACAGAGCUCGAUCGUGCACCCGAAUGAGCAUCACCCCAAGUGCCAGCGUGCGCUUGCACACUUUGCUGUGCUGUACGGACACCGUGAUGCAGGCUUCUUGUCGGAGGCGCUGUCCUCGAGUCCAGCGAUUAGCUGCCCUGACACGCCAUUGAUGCCUGGUGGCCUUAAGCUUGCGGAGGGAGAGUGCAAGGCGCUCGAGGCGCCGGAGUGGGAGUUCCUUGAUGGGAGCUUGUUCUUACGCGUGGCUUGGUUGACGGGUGCUGCGCUGGGAUGGGUGAGGGAGGGCGAGCCGAACACGGGUGCUUGGGAUUAUCAGGAGUUUGAGAGAGUGGCUUUGGAGAGAGAUGAACUUGAAGCUAAGAUGAAGGCAUAGGGGAUGGAGGGAUCAUAUCUAAAAUCAGUAAAGUAACAUAUUUUCUCUUCGUUUGACUCCCAUCUCAGUUGAUAAUACACACAUGCAUAAUGUAUAACAUGCAGAUCUUGAAAUAACAAUAAGACGUAAAAGAGCAUCGAGCCUUUUGGGUACACCACUUCGGGGUCUUG